AUGGAAAUCGGUCGUAGGCCAGAAUUAGUGCCAAUGGUAGUGAUACAGGAUGAUCGCGAAAUUCCGCUUGCUUUGAUAGCUAAUCAUGAGCUAGUUGCACUCCCUCGGCAAGUUUUCCCAAUAGAAGAGGUAGAGUGGCCAGAAUUUGCGACUAUCGGGCGUUCAAUAGAAGGACGAAUUUUAAGUGCACCGCCAUGGAUCCGUGAAUUUACAAAUCCAGCAGUCAAAAAGAUUGCUUUGAGUAUGCAGCGCUUUGGACGAGAUCGAGAAGGUUUCGCAGUGAUAAAAGAGUAUAUCAAACGGGGUGUUAUCCUUACGCCAAUUGACGAAGAAGAUAAGAAAAUAUGUGGCGAUCUGUUUUUCCCCUAUGAAAUGAGAAUCGAUGUAUCACGUGCUGUGACAAAAUAUGAGGAUGUAUAUCGCUUAGGCUCAAAAUGGUAUUUUCGUGCAUGUCCAGAAUUACCAAAUCGUAAAUAUAAGUAUCGAGUGUAUAGCCUCAAUAGUUUGGAUGAUGUCCUCAGUGGUAAUUUGAUUACUCAGGAACGAUCUUAUGAGCAAACUGUCAUAACGAAACAAGAUUCCGUCACUGUUGAUGUCUCGACGAGCGUCAUGCACGCAGUGGCAUCUACAAAUUGUGAGCUAGAUGACUCACACCAACUAAUUGAGUUUGACAGUGAACCUUUGCAGAUAGUCUCACCAAACUCUUCCCUGCCAAAAGCUGCAACAGUUUCGCCGGUUACUUCUAACUCAUUCAGUAAUGUUAAUUUCGACACAUCUCCUGCAGCAACAGCAAGACACAUUAAUGAGACAAUGGUACUGCAAAGUUCAAAUUCUUCUGAUAUGGCUGGUUGCAAUUUAUUAGUUGAUCUCAAUGUUGUGGAUGAAGUACAGCAAGUCGCGACACAAGUUCGGCAUUUUCAUGUACUGGAUGAAGAUUUUAGUCUUUCUUCACUUAAUUUCGAUUUUGACGAAGCGAAAAAAUGCAAUUACAAAGCAGAAAUGUUCAGCCACAAUAAUCACGAAAAUAAUGAAGAUAUGUGCAUGGCAUCACAAAUUAAGGAUUCGGGAAGUGCUGAUUUGAAUCGUAUUAUUAAUGGAUUUAAUAAACCAAAAGAACUAAUGAAAGUGGAGGAUGAUUGCGCAAUAGAAUUUGCAGCAUGUAAACCCAAAAAGUGUGUGGAAAAUUGCUCAACGCUGUGUAAUGGAAAUUCCGAAGUUGAACAACUAAUUGAUAUGAACAAUGAUUCACCAAUCACUGAUCAAAAAGUAGAUACUAGCGAUGAUGAUUCUGAGAAUGAAGUGUUCCACGCAGUACCUGUGGAAAGACAAAAUGAUGAUGGGUGGUGGUUCACCCGUAGAGACUCAAAUAAGACAGAUUCAAUGGAAGAUAAGAAGAUAAAUGAUGAAUUUAUGAGGCUACCAUGUUGUAUUGCUGAAAAUUCUGAAACAGCAGAGCUUAACUCAGUACCCGAUGAUGAUAAACCACUGUUGAUUCUAACUGGUGAUCAAGCAAAAAAUUGUGAAACAACCUCCUUGACAACGACUUCGCAGAUAUCUCUUUCAAAUACUCUUCAAAACGAUGGCUAUGUUAAUAAUUAUCAGUUCAUGGAAUAUCUGCCACAGUUUGCCCUUAUUUUCUUAACGGUAUCAUUCAUUCUCCACAUUGUGGGUUCAGCCUCAGUCCAUAUUGGUGUCUUUUUUGUUGAGAAACUUACUUGGUCUAGUAAGGUAUAUGCCAAAUUUUUCGCUGGACUUCUUCGGAAGUAA